AUGCCGGCGAGCCUCCAUGGUGCUCCUCCCCCCACCCCUACUCGCACGGCCGGCCUCCUCCGCCCGCCGUCGCCGUUCUUCGCCGCGCCCGCCCGGGAAGCUCCAUCUUCCUCGCGGCGGUGGCCGGCCGGCUGGAAAGCAGCGCCCGCCACGGGUCCAUGGCGCACCGGGUGCCACGCCGACCCGAUGCACCCGUCACUCCGGCACCCGCGCCGCUUCCCCAGCACGACCUCCUAUGCCCGCACCACCGGCCUCGAGCUCCGGCGAUCGAGCCGCAGGCCAUGCUCUCUAGAGCCCCCGCCGCCAGCACCGCGCUCUUGCGCCCGCGUCACCAGCCCCGAGCUGCAGCACCCCCGCCACCGGCCCCGAGCUCUGGCGCCCAUGUCGCCGGCCCCAAGCUCUGGCGCCUGCGAGUGGAGGAGACGGAUCUUGUGGCAGUGGUGCACCCCGUGCUGCUCGGUGCCGCCCACUCAUCCGCGCCACCGACAUAGGCCGGCCCGGCGGCGCUGCCCCUGCUCCUCCAUGCCGUUGACGCAGGUCGGGCCGGCAGCGCCGCCCUUGCUCCACCGCGAGAGAUCUGUUGGGGAGAGAAUCGAGAGAGAGGAGAACAGCGCGCCCUCGCCCACCAGCAUCAUCGGGUAG